GACAAAGAAAAAAGGCUGGAGAGCAACAACAACAACAGGGUGGAUCAGAUGCUCAGACCCUGGCCAUAGCAGCAACGAUUCACCAACCCGUGUGCUGACAACGAGGUAAUGUCUCACCCUCGGUUUAGUCUUGAUGUGAAACAAAUGUGUGUUUUAUUUUCUCUAAUGACGCUGCGUGUAGUCAGUAGCUAUCAGCUAACAUCUGGGCUUUUACUAGCCGCUAACGCUAGCCAACGAAAACACUAUUGUACAGCGAUGUGUUAGGUUAUUGCGCUGUUAUUACAGCAAGUAAAUGCACUCAAACUGUAGUAUGAGGGGAGAGCGCAGCCAAAUGUAUGUUUGAAUUAUUCACAGUCUCCCUGUUACUAAAUAUAUAACCAUUAAAACCCCAUUAUGUUGUCACGAUUACACUGCAUUUUAAAGGUACAUCUUAGCUUGGACGCUAUCUCAAUAACAGUUACAAAGAUGCCAAGAUAACUUUGCCAUGGAUUAAUAUAAGAACCCAGACAUACUAAGUCAUGGCCUUGAGGCGAUGAGAGCGGGAAGUGCCGUUUUCACCUAAAGGGAGUUUACACAGCUUGAUCGGUUGUGGAGAGAGGUGUGGGGGGCCCAGGCAGACCGCGGACGGGGAAGGGAAAGAGCUCAGCUGGAGCCAAUGCAGCAGCAGCAUCGACAGCCUGAGCUGGUGGAAGGAAGCCUUCCCGUGUUCGUGUUCCCCACUGAGCUCGUCUUCUACGCAGAUGAGCAGACGUCUCACAAGCAGGUGCUCACCCUCUACAACCCCUAUGAGUUCGCCCUCAAGUUUAAAGUGCUGUGCACAGCGCCAAACAAGUACACUGUGGUGGAUGCCACCGGAGCUGUCAAGCCACAGUGUUGUGUUGACAUAGUAAUCAGACACAGAGAUGUGCGUGCAUGCCAUUAUGGGGUGUACGACAAGUUCCGGCUGCAGGUGUCGGAGCAGAGUCAACGGAAAGCUCUGGGUCGCAAAGAGGUGACGGCCACGCUCCGUCCCUCAGCCUCACAGGAGCCGCCCAGCCCCCGGCCCCAAGAUGAGGAACGCAGAAUCAAAGAGCAGUUUGCAGACAGCGAGUUCUUUGAACAGACUGCAUUUCAGACAGAGAGCCGUCCUGUCGCUGGAGGCCCCAGUCUGCUGACGGUGCUGCUAGGGCUGGUGUGUAUGGCCGCCCUGAUGCUCCCGACCCUGGGGGAGCAAGAAUCCACUGUGCCUGUCUACCUCCACUUAAGUGUUAACAAGAAACUUGUAGCUGCUUAUGUUCUUGGUCUUCUUACGAUGGUCAUCCUACGCACAUGAAGUGCAGCGAGCUGAGGAGAAGGGAAGAGAACGUCCUCACACCAGAGGCACUGCUACAUUCAACGAGUACAACUGACAGCAGCGGGAUGUGGUACUUAUUCAGUUCAGCUCGUUCCCUGAAAAAUACAUUUUAGUACCUUUGUUUUCAAAUCCACAUAUUUGUGUUCAUAAAUAAACUGACACAAUACAGAGCUGGCAGCGGAGAUGUCCAGUGUGUCGGUCAAAGGAGUGGUAGUGUGAGAGGAGAGCCUGUGAAGAAAUAUGAGGCUAUUCAAAGUGUUGUUUGACCUCAUAUUCUCCUUGUCUGUAUUUCUAUUGCCAUUAUGUAACAGAAUAUGGUUAACUUGAGUGUGAAGGAAUCUACAUGCAAACAUUAUACAUGUAUAUAAAGCCAUUAAAAUUU